AUGGAGAAUGCAACCCAGACCAGCCAGGGGCUCUUGAGCUCUGCUGACAGGAUCCGCCAGCUCAACGACAUCGACCAGGAUGUCGCAAAGUUAAUUCACUCCGCUGGUAUCGCCAUUCAAGCCUUAACCAACGCAAGGCCCGAGGAUUCGGCCCACGAUGGCUCUCUGCAGUCUCAUAAAACGCAAUUCAAGCAAGCGACCGAGCAGUACUUUGCCCUGCUUUCCUCCAUCGACGUCCGGUUACGCCGACAGGUCUAUGCUCUAGAGGAAGCUACAGUUCUAGCGCCCGAAACUGCAUCUAGGACAGGCGAUACGGUUGGUGCCAGUGGUGGCGCUGGUGCUGGGCCUGCUGCAGCAUCUGGGACAGCUGCCAACCCCCUGGAUGUGAGCUGGCUGAAUAGCAGGAAGGAUACCGUUGGGAAAGACAAAGAGGCAGAAUUGUGGGCCGGUGCACGACAGUUCAUGGACCAGCUCGAGAAGACUUCAACCACGGGGGUGGAAGCCGAGAAAAUGCAGGUUGACUGA